AAUAUUGGUACUUGGUAAAUGGUUCAGUUUUCAGAUGCCACUAGCAUUAUUUUAAACCAGUAGUACUUCGGUAGCUAAGCUUGUGAUAUCACACCUGAACGGCUGAACCUCAAAAGUCAGAACUCGAUCAGAAGUCUAAGUCUCAUAUAGUAUAUAUUUAGGUGUUUUCUCUGUCCUAAUUCCUAACUGCUACUGCUCUUCCAUUGCUCGAGCCUCGAGGUCUCAAAUGUGUGUGAAGUCCAUCCGCUUGAUUCGGUUGAUCGCAUGAAAGGAGACAACUCCAACGUCUUCCUCGUCGCCGGCCUCUCGCUGGUGGUCGUCGUCCAUGUCCUCGUGCUCCUAUGGGCGCUGUGGUGGGGAUACGGCCGCUCGCGCCUCGCCCUCGCCCGCGCCCGCGUCGUCGGGCAGCACGACGUGGCGCGCGGCGGCCUCUCGGCGGAACAGGUCGGCGAGCUGCCGUGCCACGUUGUCAAGGAGGGUGCCGGCGAGUGCGCGGUGUGCCUGGAGGCGUUCCGGGCGGGCGACCGGCGCCGGGUGCUGCCGAGGUGCGAGCACGGCUUCCACGCGCAGUGCGUCGACUCGUGGCUGCGCGUGAGCCGCCUGUGCCCCAUCUGCCGCGCCGAGGUGGCCGCCAGCCGCGGCAAGGAAGGUGACGCGCCGGUGGCCGAGGCCGCCUCCUUGGAGAUCGUCGCCGAACGAUAGCCGGCGAGCGUUCUGGCGUUUUGUCACAUGUUUCGUCCAUUUUUGCAAUGUCGGCGACAAAGUACAGGAUAAUCAGUAACAGUAAGUUUUGUUGUACAAAAGAUUGC